CCCCUCGGUGUCACCCAGAAGGCAGAACGAAAUCUUUAAAAUCAGUCCCAUCACAAGAUCAGUUUCAAUCCCACCUCCGCAGCAGAUUCUGCAAACUGCUUCCGAGCUCCGAUUCUGCAGCUUGUGUUUGCCACAUGGAAGAUCAAUGGAAGCGCACGGCUCUUCUGGUCAUCGACAUGCAGAAAGAUUUUAUAGAAGAGGGAAGCGUGAUGUGGGUCGGAGGUGGGAAAGCCAUCGUCCCCAAUGUGAUGGAGGCUGUUGAAUUAGCUCGGCGCCGUGGCCUUCUUGUAGUUUGGGUGGUUCGGGAGCAUGAUCCUCAAGGAAGAGAUGUUGAGCUCUUCCGUCGACAUUUCUACUCGUCUGGAAAGUUGGGUCCGACGAGCAAGGGUAGUGCGGGCGCCGAAUUGGUCGAUGGCUUGGAGAUCGGAGAAGGAGAUUACAAAUUGGUGAAGACGCGUUUCAGUGCAUUCUUCGCGACCCAUCUUCAUUCGGUUCUUCAGGGUGCUGGAAUAGAUAGUUUAGUCAUAGCUGGUGUUCAAACUCCAAACUGCAUUAGGCAGACGGUCUUUGAUGCAGUGGCACUUGAUUACCGAUCUGUUACUGUUCUUGUUGAUGCCACAGCUGCUGCUACUCCUGAGGUCCAUCAUGCGAAUAUCUUCGACAUGAAGAAUAUUGGAGUUUCUACACCAACAUUGCAGGAGUGGCGGCAGUCCGCUUCUUGAACUUGAUCAAUCUGAUGGACUAGACAGAUAAGAGAGGAUCAUUGAAAGGCAGAUCAAUCAUAUGGCAUGUUUUACCAUUAGUUAACUCGCACUAAGAAAAUAAAUUUGAAUGCUCAUGCUGUACCAUUUGUUAAGUUGCUUUGAGAAAAUAAAUUUGAGUGCUCGUGCUGCUACAGAUUACAAUAUUUGCCACUUUCGCCUUUCUUGCAAAUUACUAUAAUCUUCAAAUUUUA